CUGCACUCAUAUUAUGUAGACCAAUGGGAUUGGGAGAUCAUUAUUCAGAGAGAUGAACGAAAUGACGAAAAAUUGGAGGAAGUAGUUGAGAAGAUAUAUGACUCUAUGAAAGUGACUGAGAACAUUUUGAUAUCGGCAUACCCAGUGUUAAAUCGCAAGUUACCGGAAAAUAUUAAAUUCAUUACAACGCAAGAAUUAGAAGAUAUCUACCCCGACAAAAAACCGGAAGAACGUGAAUAUCUUGCAGUUAAACAGUACGGUGCUGUUUUUCUCAAACAGAUCGGAAAGCUUCUGAAAUCCAAUACGAUACACGACAAUCGAGCCCCAGACUAUGAUGACUGGGAAUUGAAUGGAGAUAUACUAGUUUAUAGUGAACACGACGAUAGAUGUAUAGAAUUGUCAUCAAUGGGUAUCCGAGUGGAUGAGUUGUCAAUGGAGAGACAGUUGAAAGAAAGUGGUUGUGAAACACGUAAACAGCUUGAAUAUCAUCAAAAUGUUCUGAAUGGUAUAUAUCCAUUAACGAUAGGUGGUGGAAUAGGACAGAGUCGAUUGUGUAUGUUCUUUAUGGAGAAGAAACAUAUUGGUGAAGUGCAAGUUAGUAUAUGGCCUGAACACGUUCGUCGUGAAUGUGAACAGAAUAAUAUAUUUCUCCUGUAAACUGAACGAAAUCAUUUUCUCUCAGCUUUAUUGUUGAAAAGAAUGUGAAGUGCAUGAAUAUUAAUUGUAUGUAUGUUUUCAUAAAUGUUGUCCUUUCAAUGUUUGUGUGAUUUUGACUUUCUUGUGUUCUCGACUAUGAUAAUGGCGAAAUAGAUACUGUUUCAGCUAAUCGUUAAAUGAA